AUGGAAGACUUUUGUGGUUCUGAAUUUUGGAUCCGAAAUCUCACCUGGGAUACUACAGAUCCAUACUUUUCACCAUGUUUCGAAUCUACCGUCUUAACCUGGCUUCCAACCGCUUUUCUCAUAUUCUUUGCUCCAUUUGAUAUCAAUUUUUCCAUUAAUUCGAAACGAGAACGAAUUCGUUGGAAAUUAUUGAGUAUUUUACAAAGUUGCGUUACCGUAUGUCUACUAAUUGUUGGGAUUGUUCAUCUCAUAAUAAUCCAAAAGUAUGACGAGACUGGAGCCGUGGAUAAUGUUGCUAUUGCAUCGAGGCUGAUUUCUUAUACUCUAGCCCUUUCUCUCUUAGCGUUAUCAAAAAACAAAGGAAUUAGUGCUUCAGGGACACAAUGGUUAUUUUGGGCGUUCGCCAUGACCUGUGAGGCGAUCCUUUUUCGAACCGCAGUUCGAAAAUAUGACGACACAUUGGAACAAUCAAAAUUACGUCACGUUUACCUCACGCGGCUUAUGAUCUUCCCACUAAUUGCUAUUCAGCUUAUCUUGCAUUCCUUUGCUGAUAACGGUAACACCAGAUGUUGUGGACGAAACAGUGAUGAUGCUCUAGUUGGAAACCCGUGUCCUGAGAAAGAAUCUUCAUAUCUUUCCAAACUAAUUUAUUCCUGGUUUGAUACUAUGGUCUGGAAAGGGUACAGGAGACCACUUGGCUUUGACGACUUGUGGAAUUUGAAUGAAGAUGACACGGCAGAAGAGCAGGUACUCCGAUUUAGCAAAUUUUGGGAUGCGGCAGUCCAGGAGGCUAAAAUGUAUGAAGAACUACUUCUGGUCGCUCACGUUGCCCCUGACAGCCUCGAAGAAUCUUGGAAAGGCUACCUUUAUGCUGCAUUACUUUUAGCUUGUUCCGUCCUGCAGACUAUACUAUCCGUACAGAGUAUGAAACGAAUGAUGUUAAUUGGAAUGAGGACCAGAACAGUGCUUUCUUCCGUUAUAUACCGGAAGAGCUUGCUGGUUUCGUCAGCCUCAAAGAGGGAUACUACUGCCGGGGAAAUUGUUAACUUGAUGAGCGUCGACACCCAGAGAUUGAUGGAUUUGUCAAGUUUCUUUCUAAUGGGCUUCACCGCACCGUUGCAGAUUCCUCUCUGUAUGUACUUUCUCUAUAAUACGUUAGGAUGGUCAGUCUUUGCUGGGUUGGUGGUCAUGGUCCUCCUUGUGCCGCUUACAGGAUUUACUCAGGGCAGAGUACGUGCCUUACAGAUGAAACAGAUGGUUGUGAAGGACGGCAGAGUUAAACUAAUAAAUGAAGUCUUAACUGGAAUGAAGGUACUCAAACUCUACGGAUGGGAACAAUCUUACACAGAUCAAUUGACGAAACUCAGAGAUCGUGAGAUGCAUCUUUUAAGGAGGGCGGCCUAUUACAUGACAAGUACAAUGUUCUCUUUUACUUGUGCCCCUCUUCUUGUUUCGCUAUCAACCUUUGCCGUAUACGUGUUGACUGACGAAACAAAUAAUUUGAACGCUGAAAAAACGUUUGUCUCCUUAACGCUGUUUAACAUUAUAAGAUUGCCGAUAACAAUGUUCCCCACCGUAAUUGCUCUUAUCGUGCAGGCCCUUAUCAGCAUAACCCGUAUAAAUCGAUACCUCAAUUCUGAAGAGAUUGAGGAGACUUGCGUCACCAACGAACCAAACAGAGAUGAACCAAUCGUUGUAAGAGAUGGCUCAUUCUCAUGGACAGAUGAGAGUACAACGUUAACUGAUAUCAACAUCGCGGUAAAGAAAGGUUCCCUAACCGCUGUAGUUGGUACCGUGGGUUCGGGCAAAAGUAGUUUACUAUCGGCAUUACUCGGCGAUAUGAAGAAACACAAGGGUUCCGUAAACAUUGAUGGUACUGUGUCUUAUGUCGCACAAACUGCCUGGAUUCAGAAUGCCAGCUUGAGGGACAACAUCUUGUUCAAGGACGGCUUCAAAGAGGCCAAGUAUAAAAGCGUGAUCGAGGCAUAUGCUCUAGGUCCUGACCUGGAACUCUUGGAUAAUGGUGACCUAACCGAGAUAGGAGAGAAAGGAAUAAAUAUAUCCGGCGGCCAGAAGCAAAGAGUCUCCCUUGCCCGAGCUGCCUACAAAGAGAGCGACAUUAUCCUUCUAGAUGACCCGUUAAGCGCCGUGGAUGCGCAUGUCGGGAAACACAUAUUCGAUAAACUUAUCGGACCCCAAGGAUUGCUUCACGAUAAAACUAGAGUCCUUGUGACCCACGGCGUCUCAUUUCUUCCAAAAUUUGAUAACAUUAUAGUCCUUAAAGACGGUAGAGUCAGCGAGACGGGGACUUUCCAAUAACUAAUAGGAAAUCGAGGCAGUUUUGCGGACUUUUUAGCCCAACACUUGAACACAGGAGACGGGGAGGAGAUUGACGUAAAACUUGCCGUGGAACUUGAAGAACUAGUCGGGGUGGAGAAGUUGAGAAGGAAUUCUUCCAAAGUCAUUCUGAAAAAGAGACGAUCAACUCAGGAAAGCUUAGGAAAAGAGAAUGCUACCCCGGUCAAGCAAGAAAUUGCUGAAAAACCAAAACUUAUUGAAGAGGAGAAAACACAAUCCGGAAAUAUUCAAGCCAAGAUAUUUGUCGACUACAUAAAGAAUGCUGGGCUUCUCAUGUCAUUAUCAGCAUUUGGAUUUAUCCUCCUCUCAACCGCCGCGGCCACUUAUGGCAACAUCUGGCUUUCUGCAUGGUCCAAACAGGCCACGAUUGAUGAGCAGGAAAGGAAUGGAAUUCAGAACAGGGAUACGACCAAUAAAUACUUAAGCGGUUACGGUGGACUUGGAGGUAUUCAAAGUGUGGCAAUCUUGAUUGGUGCCGCAAGUAUUGCGAUUGCAACGUUGAAUGCAUCAGAGCGAUUUCAUGCCAACAUGUUGCACAAGAUUAUCCGAGCCCCGAUGUGGUUUUUCGACACAACGCCUCUGGGCCGUUUGAUGAAUAAGUUUACAAAGGAUGUCGAUAUAGCAGAUACAGCUUUGCCACAAAGUAUUCGAAAUGGAUUGAACAUGUUCUUGAAUACGAUGAGUGCGAUUUUCAACAUUGCAUAUUCUACGCCAUUGUUCUUGAUCUAUAUUGCUCCUGUGGCGGUCUAUUACCUAUUCCUACAGAGAUUUUACGUUGCCACAUCCCGUCAAUUGAAGCGUCUCGAGUCCGUCUCAAGGUCCCCGAUCUACUCAAAAUUUGGCGAGGUAAUCACUGAAUCUACCACUAUCCGCGCGUUUGGUCUUCAAGACGAAUUCAUUUCUGAAAGCCAUCAAAAGAUUGACGAUAAUCAGAAGGCAUGUUAUCCAUUUAUAGCUUCUAGUUUAUGGAUUACUACCCGCUUGGAGACAAUUGGAAGCUUGAUCAUAUUUGCAUCAGCAGUAUUUGCCGUGGCCUCAAAUGUCGACCCUGCAAUUGCGGGUUUGUCUAUUUCUUCUGCCCUCCAGAUAACCGUACUUUUAAACUUCUUGGUGCGACAAGCCUCCGAUCUGGAGUCCAACAUUGUCUCUGUCGAGAGAAUGAGUGAGGUCAAUGACACACCACAGGAAGCCGCUUGCCAGACUAGUUUCCGACCUAAGAAUGAAUGGCCGACGCAGGGCAGGGUUGAGUUCGUGAAUUACGAGACUAAAUACCGCGAAGGACUUGAUUUGGUGCUGAGAGGGAUUUCAUGUACUUUUAAUCCCGGUGAAAAAAUUGGAAUCGUGGGGCGAACUGGCGCGGGGAAAUCAUCUUUAACACUGGCACUAUUCAGAUUAAUUGAGCCUACCUCCGGCAAGAUUAUAAUUGAUGGUCAAGACAUCACGGAGAUUGGAUUGCACGAUUUAAGGUCAAAAAUCACAAUCAUUCCGCAGGAUCCAGUACUUUUCUCAGGUAUAUUAAGGACAAACCUAGAUCCUUUUGAUGCCUAUACUGACCAACAAAUCUGGGACUCUUUGGAAUCUGCUCAUUUAAAAUCUUAUAUUAUGACCUUGCCACAAGGCCUACAGUAUGAGGUGGCUGAGGAGGGGCAAAACUUCAGCGUAGGUCAGAAGCAACUUAUUUGUCUAGCUCGCGCAUUGCUAAGGAAAACAAAAAUACUUGUGCUAGACGAGGCCACUGCGGCUGUCGACUUCAUUGUCGAAACGGACGACCUCAUUCAGAAAACAAUUCGGCAAGAAUUUGCGGAUUCGACAGUGAUAACGAUUGCGCAUCGGUUAAAUACUAUUAUGGAUUCUACAAGAAUCGUGGUACUGGACAGGGGUCAAAUUGUUGAGUUUAAUUCCCCAGAAAACCUAAUGGCGGAUACGACGUCGAUGUUUUACAGUAUGGCGAAGGACGCUGGAUUAACGUGA